GCAAGGCGAAGAAUCGAGUUCGGUUCCGUGGCUAGUUUGCUACUGAUGGGAGUCUUCUUCUUCUGCAUAUGGCCGCCGAGUCCAGCGUUCGCUUAUGGCGGAAAUUCCACGGCGGAGAACGCGAAGGACAGUGAGAAAAUAGCUGCCGAGAAGGCCGAGGUGAAGGCGUCGAAGGCCGCGCAGGACAUCAGGCAGACGUCCGAGUCCUGCGCUGACUGGGCGGGCGGCAAGAUCGCCGAGGGGCUCGGGACGAUGCAGGAGAACGCGAAGGUAGCGUCGGAGAAGACGAAGGAUAAGGCGGGAGACAUCGCCAUGAAGGCCAAGGACACGAUGCACGGUGCUGCUUCAGAAGCUGCAGAGCAUACUUCCCACGAGGCCACACAAGCAAAAGAGGCCGUGAAGAACAAGGCUGGGGAGGCGAAGGACAACAUAGCGGACAUGGCCGGAGAUCAGGCCACCGCCGCCUAUGAUGCCAAAAGAGCAUACGAGGGAGCGAAGCAAAAGGUGGCGGAGUCCUACGCGACUGCCAAGGACACCAUGGCGCGAGAGAAGUACGAGACAGCCAAGGAGAGAGCCUCGCAGGUCUCAGGCGAAGUGGGAGCCAAAAUGCGGGAGAUGGCCAGAGAACUAUAAGAAGCAGCAGCAGGAGUAGUUGGCUUCACAGCAAGCAGUGACUGAGAGAGAAGUUGACGUUCCAUAUGUUAUUUUUUGUUCUUCUUGUCACGGGGGAUGUAAUGUUGAGUUGGAUAGAAAUCAUUCGAAUACACAGCUGCUUGGGAAUCACACGUUUAGCAUGCUGCAUUUUAGG